AUGGAAGGAAAACUUCUUAUUCUUCUGAUGGUAGCUUAUGCUAGCGCCAAGUUUCCAAAUGGUUGCGACUACCGAGGUAGGAAGUACGACAUAGACCAGGAGUUCUCUGCUGGAGACGACUGCAACAAAUGUACUUGUAAAUACGACGGCCAGGUCACGUGUACACAGAAAAAGUGCCUCCAAUUUUGCGACUACAAGGGCAGAAAGAUCCCCAUUGGAAUGACCAAACCUGCUGGUGAUAAUUGUAACACCUGUACAUGCAGACCCAACGGACGUCUUGAAUGUACCGAGAAAAUCUGCUUCUGUGACUACAAGAACAUGAAGGUGAGGAUCGGAGAAACCAUCAAGUCCGGAGACAACUGCAACACGUGUACAUGUAAACCUAACGGGCGGUUGUCCUGUACUGAUAAAACAUGCUUCUGUAGCUACAAGGGCCAGGAACUGAAGGUUGGACAGACAGUCCCCGCCGGAGAUAACUGUAACAGGUGUACAUGUAAACCUGAUGGAAGUGUCAGCUGUAGCCAGAGAACUUGCUUCUGUAUGUACAAGGGAGAAAAGAAACAGAUUGGAAGCACAUUCCCUGCCGGCGAUAACUGUAACAGAUGUACCUGUAGAAAGGACGGCAGUGUCAGUUGUAGUGAUAGAACUUGCUUCUGCAGCUACAAGGGAAAGCAGUUUAAAAUCGGAGAUAGCUUCCCCAAGGGUGAUGAAUGUAACACAUGUUCCUGUGCUGAAAACGGACGAGUGACCUGCUCCGACAAAAACUGCUAUUGUACCUACAUGAACAGACAGAUUCCAGUUGGAGAGAACUUCCCCAAAGGCGACAAUUGUAACACUUGUUCCUGUAACACUAAUCUCCAAGUGACUUGUUCCGAUAGAAUAUGCGCAUGCCAUUUCAAGGGAAAGAAAAUCCCCAUUGGAGAGACCUUCCCCAAGGGCGAUAAUUGUAACACCUGCUCCUGCCUUAGACGUGGAAAAGUAUCCUGUUCCGAAAGAGUUUGCUUCUGUGAACAUAACGGAAAGCAGUACAAAGUUGGAGAGAAUUUCCCCAAGGGUGAUAACUGCAACCGAUGCUCUUGUGGACCCAACGGGCUGGUGAACUGCACAGACAAAUACUGCAAAAAGGAACAAUACAAACCAUGAAAACCUUGACUAGGUUGAAACGCAAGGACACAACGACCAAUGAAACCUUUAACUUGUAGUAAUAAAUGAAGUUGAUAAUCUGUACAUAUUUACUAAUGAUAUAAUUGUUCUAGAUAAAAAAAAC